AUGGAUUCGAGAUCAAAAUUAUUUCAUUGUGAUGUUUGCAGCACCGAUUGUACAAAUAGAAUACGAUUGAAAUGCGCAAUUUGUACCGAUUAUGACCUCUGUGUUCCAUGUUUUGCUAGUGGAUCAACCACCGGUGACCAUAAGCCAUGGCACGACUAUCAAAUCAUCGAACAAAACACUUAUCCGAUAUUUGACAGAAACUGGGGUGCCGAUGAAGAACUACUCUUGAUCCAGGGAUGUGAAACUUUGGGACUUGGUAAUUGGGCCGAUAUCGCAGACCAUAUUGGUAACAGAUCGAAAGAAGAAGUUGCUGAGCAUUACUAUAAGAUUUAUCUCGAAAGUAAAGACUACCCCAUACCGGAAAUGAACAAGGAUUUCACCGAUGUCUCACCAAUACAAUUCUUGCGUGAACGGAAGCAACGACUAGAAGAUAGAAGGAACCUGCCCUUGCCGCCGCCCAAGGGGAAACCACCAGCAUCUGUGCCGUUAUGUCACGAGAUCCAAGGUUAUAUGCCUGGUCGUUUGGAGUUUGACCACGAGGCGGAAAAUGAAGCAGAGGUACCGAUCAAGGAUAUGAUCUUUGAUCCUGAUGAUCUGAUGAAUGACAUUGAGUUGAAAUUGACGAUUUUGGACAUUUACAAUUCCCGUUUAACCACUCGAGCUGAACGGAAACGAGUCAUGAUACUCAAUAAUCUACUUGAAUACAGGAAAAACAUCAGCAACGACAAGAGGAAAUCAAAAGAAGAAAAAGACUUGCUCAAGAAGAUCAAUGCAUUUAUACGAAUUUUAACUCCCGAUGAUUUUGAAUCUUUUACUCGAGACAUAUUGACAGAGUUGAAGUGCCGAAUCAGAAUUCAGCAGUUGCAGUCGUGGCGUAAAAAUGGAGUCAAGACGUUGGAAGAUGGAGCCAAGUUUGAAAAGGACAAGAUAAUCAGAACAGCUCAUUACACGAGAAUGGGCAAUGGAGGCGGAUUGGCGAGACAUUCAAGUACCCCGGGGCUCAACGGCUACGGCUACGGCACUUCACCACAGCCCGAAUUCAAGCCCAAGAUCUCUGUAAACAGAACUCCCUUGGAUAUAACCCAUUCUGCAGACUACGAUCUAUUAUCGGCCGAAGAAAAACAAUUGUGUGCAACAUUGAGGAUCUUGCCCAAACCGUAUUUGGCAAUUAAGAACCAACUCAUGAAAGAAGCGGUUAAAAACAACGGAGUGUUGAAGAAGAAAGAUGCUCGUCAAACGUUGAAGAUUGACGUGAACAAGGCUUCCAAGAUUUAUGAAUUUUUCGUUCAAAUGGGUUGGAUUUCUCAGGGUUAA